GAAAGAUAAACAUUACUUAAAUCCCUCAGUCUGUCCGGACAAAAAUCUAGCUCCAUCCAUCCACCAAAUUCCACUCUCCUUGCCCUUGUCGUGCCCUACACGCUCCGUUUCCACCGCUGCAAUCUUCGCCCGUGCUUGUCACCGCAGGAUUCUCUCGCGCCCGAUCCGAUUUCGCGACCUUGAUUCGGGGAUUAUUCGUCAGUAGAAUCGAGAUGAAGAUAUGCGUGAAGACUCUCAAGGGAACCCACUUCGAAAUCGAAGUGAAGCCGGAAGAUACGGUUGCUGAUGUGAAGAAUGUCAUAGAAAGUACACAAGGAGCCGAUAUCUAUCCUGCUUCACAGUUGAUGCUUAUUCAUCAGGGAAAAGUACUUAAAGAUGGCACAAACCUUGAAGAAAAUAAAAUUGUUGAAAACAGUUUUGUUGUUGUUAUGCUGAGCAAGAAUAAGGGGACAGGUGAGGGCUCAACUACAUCAAGUGCACCUCCUGCAAAGGCGCCAAACACAAGUGCCCCACCUCCGUCACGCCCAGCACCCACAACCCCUCAACCUCCUCCUGCAGUGUCGCCACCUGCACCUUCUCCUGCUGCUCCUCCAGCUGGCGCUAAUGUGUCGGAUGUGUAUGGUCAAGCUGCAUCCAAUUUAGUUGCUGGAAACAACCUUGAAGGAGCAAUCCAGCAGAUUCUUGAUAUGGGUGGAGGAACUUGGGACAGAGACACUGUUGUUCGAGCUCUUCGCGCUGCUUUCAACAAUCCCGAAAGAGCUGUUGAAUAUCUAUAUUCUGGGAUCCCAGAAUCUGCCGAACCUCCACCUACUUCUGGUAGUGCUCCUAGUGUCCCGGCUGCUAAUCCGCCUGCUCAGCCUCAGCCUGCUCCACAACCAGCAGCAGUACCUUCAAGCGGUCCUAAUGCAAAUCCGUUGGACCUUUUUCCUCAGGGCUUUCCAAGUGGUGUGGGCUCAAACACUGGCAGCGGGGGCGGCGGUGGUGGGGCAAACACGCUCGAUUUCCUCCGUAACAGUCCACAGUUCCAAGCGUUGAGAGCAAUGGUGCAGGCCAACCCGCAGAUCUUGCAGCCUAUGUUACAAGAGUUGGGUAAGCAAAACCCUCAAUUAGUGAGGAUGAUUCAGGAACACCAAGAUGAUUUCAUUCGCCUCAUCAACGAGCCUGUUGAAGGCGGGGAAAGCAACAUUCUCGAGCAGCUUGCCGGAGCAAUGCCGCAGUCUAUUUCGGUCACACCCGAGGAGCGGGAAGCCAUCGAAAGACUUGAGGCGAUGGGAUUCGAUCGAGCGCUUGUGUUGGAGGUAUUCUUUGCGUGCAACAAGAACGAAGAACUGGCUGCGAACUACCUCUUGGAUCAUCAGCACGAAUUCGACGACUGAUAAUAGUAAGUAAUCGUUUAAGUGGGACUCUUCUUCUUCUUCUGUGUUUUCUACAUCCAGAGUUUGUUCUCUUCUUCUUUACUGAGACCGGAGUUCUUCUUCCUCUUGGAUGUCUUGUUUACUCAUAUUUGGCUAUAUGAACAACUUGUUUGCAUGACUUGUUGUAACAAUAUAAUCUCUGUCUAUCUAUCUGUAUGGAGAUAAAAUGUAAUUAUCAUGUGGUGUCUGAUGUUGAAUUCAUGUAAAAUUUUAUUUAUGCACUGCACUAUAUGUAUGUAUA